GAGUGACUUCUUUCGGCGACAUUGCUUAUUCACUCAUCACUCACAAUUGCUCUAAAAAGUGUUAUCUAUCCGACCAUUCAUUCAACACCGCCAUCUGCCGCCACAGUUAUCUCCAUCGGGAACCAAAUGCCAUUUCCAUCAAAAUAUGUUUACGCUUCCAUAGUCUUCCUUCUCUUCACGGUAGGCUUUUUCCGCACCCUCAGCCGCCGGCAACGGAUCCCCUCCGCCGCCGAAUCGAAUCCAGACUACGAAGAUGCCUUUCUCUCCUCUGCUUCUAACGACACCAUCGCCUCCCACCUCCGUCACCUCACCUUGCAACCGCACCUCGCCGGCACGCCGGACUCUCUCCGGGCGGCGUAUUACGUCAAGUCCCAGUUCGAGUCCCUUCAUAUCCCCACCCACCUCACCAACUACACCGUCCUGUUGUCUUACCCCCUGUCGGCCUCGCUGACGGCGCAUUUCAGCAACGGCUCCGCCGUUCCCGUCCCUCUAUCCGAGCCCGGGAUCCAGAAAAAAAGGGUGGUUAUUCCUUACCACGCUUACUCUCCCUCCGGCUCGGCUCACGGAAGCGCUGUUUUUUUGAACUACGGUCGGGAGGAGGACUACCGUGUACUGGCGGAGCAGGGGGUGGAGGUGGAGGGCUGCGUCGGGAUUGUACGGAGAGGCGGCGGGCUGUCUAGGAACGAGGUGGUCGGGAGGGCGGCGGUGCAUGGAGUUGCGGCGGUGCUCAUGUAUACCGAGGGUGAGUUGAGGGAAGGGGUAGAGAGAGGGACGGUAUCGGGGAGCGUGGGGGAUCCACUGAGCCCGGGAUGGGCCGGAGUUGGGCCGGGCGAGAGACUCCGAUUAGAUGACCCGCGAGUAUCCGCCAAAUUCCCGAAAGUGCCAUCGAUGCCCAUAUCUGUAGAUGCCGCAAAGAUGAUACUGAGGUCGUUGAUGGGUUCCGAGUUGCCUUCUCUAUGGAAGAAGAAGCAUACUGAUCAGAAUAUCAGUAGUAUUGGCCACAGCGGCGGCAUCGAUUUUUCGAGGGUUGGGCCCGGCCCAACAAUGUUGAAUUUCUCGUACCAGGGGGAGAAAAGAAUGGGAACAAUACAUAAUGUCUUUGGUGUGAUAAGAGGGUCAGAAGAGCCCGACCGGCUUGUGCUUCUUGGGAAUCACAGAGAUGCAUGGACUUACGGGGCAGUGGACCCCAGCAGCGGCACUGCAGCUCUACUCGAAAUCGCCCGCCGCUAUGCUCUUCUCAUGCAGUUGGGAUGGACCCCUCGCCGCACCAUCUUACUUUGCAGUUGGGAUGCUGAAGAGUUUGGGAUGAUUGGCUCCACUGAAUGGGUUGAAGAGAACAUUCUCAAUCUGGCCUCUAAAUCAGUGGCCUACCUAAAUGUGGAUUGUGCAGUUCAAGGACCUGGAUUUUAUGCCGCUGCAACUCCUCAACUUGAUGAUCUUCUUCUUGAAGUUGCUAAGAAGGUUAGAGAUCCCGAUUCUGAUGAGAUGACAAUAUAUGAGAAAUUGACAGUUACGAACCAAGUUAUGGAUAUCCAGAGACUUGGCCGAGUGGAUUCAGAUUUUGUUCCAUUUUUGCAACAUGCAGGGAUUCCUUCCAUCGAUAUCUACUAUGGUGAAGGUUUCCCAGCAUACCACACGGCUUUCGACUCUUAUAAUUGGAUGGUCAACUUUGGAGACCCAUUGUUUCAACGGCACGUGGCAGUGACAGGAAUAUGGGGACUUCUUGGACUUCGCCUCGCCAAUGAUGCGAUUCUACCUUUCAACUACCUCUCUUAUGCAAAAGAGCUGCUAGGAUAUUCACAUAUCUUGAAUGAUACAUUGGGAGGAAGCUUCUCGCUGCAUCCAUUAACGGACGCCAUACAAGAACUUGUACGCGCCGCUACGGAAAUUCAGAAAGAAGUGAAGAAACUGAUGGAGGGUGAAGCCGUGGUGGACAAGCAUUUUAUUGUGAAGAAGAUGUUAAACGAUCGGCUUAUAUUUGCAGAGAGGGGUUUCUUAGACGGAGAAGGGCUACAAGGAAACCAAUGGUUCAAGCAUCUUUUCAGCGAGGUGAAAUGGUGCAGGUUUAUGGUCCGUCGUGUAAGAGCAACAAAGGGAAGCUGGAUUUCUUUCCUGGAAUUGUGAAUGCCAUGUGUGGGGGGAUGAAUAAGGUAGAAGAAAGGGAUGGUGAAAUUAGGCAUGAGAUAUGGAGGGUUGCAAGGGCUGUUCAACGAGCUGCCUACGCGCUUAGAGGUCAACUAACAUGAAGGUUUACCGGCCGUUUACCCACUCUUGAAUAGUAUCCCUCUGUACCAUUUUAAAUUGCAUGUUUGUCUUUUUUCUCCGUCCCAAAAUAAGUUAUCUGUUAGUUAUUUUCUUAAACUGUUAAAAAUAAAAUACCUAAACUACACCUAAAAUAAGUCAUACUUUUUCACCUUAUCUUUUCAUUCAUUAUCACCCCUUCUAAAAUGCAAUGACAAUUUUGAAAAAAUAACUUUAUUUUUUAUUUUUCUUAAAUAUGUCCAAAAGUCAAAACAAACGAUUUAAAUUAGGACGGAGGGAGUAGCUGUUAUACACCAAGCUUUAUUGUAUUUGGAUCGUUAUUAAAUUUUAGCAUUUCUGGUCCACAAGUCAAGCGUGUAUGCAUGAUGAUUAGUGUAAUUAUAAGAGUAAAUUCUAAAUUAUACC